AUGCAAGACGAUGCAUGGCAAGCGGGGGGAUGGGGUGAAGAGAGCCGCAGCAGCGGAAGCAGCGGAAGCGGGACUUUUGGCGGUCUUCGCGACCCCCUGCAGUCGUUAAGCGUCGCGCGCCCAUCGUCCGCGGAGUCGGACUCUCUCCCCGCGGACGUGCGCGACAGGGCGCUCUUCGCGGUAGAGGCUCUCGUGGCGGAACCCGGGCGGGCGGCAGGGGGAAAUCAAGGCGGCGGAGGCAGAAGGGAUAGGUACGGGCGGGUGACUGUGGGUGACGUGGCGGCGCGCAGCGGAUUGAAAGUAGGUGACGCGGAAAAGGCGCUAAAGGCUUUUGCGGCGGAUGGGGAAGGGUUCCUAGAGGUAUCGGACGAGGGCGACGUGCUGUACGUGCUGCCUCGCAACCUGCGCGCGCUCAUCGCGCAGCGCUCGCUGCGCAUGCGCCUCGCGCCCAUGGCGGCGCAGGCCAAGGCAGCAGCAGGGUAUGUGAUGCGAGUGUCGUUCGGCACGGCCCUGGUGGCAUCAGUGGUGGUCGUCUACACAUCCAUCUUCGUCCUCAUGACCUCCGCACAGGGGGAUAGCGAUGAGAGGAGGGGGAGGGGGAGAGGCCACUACCACCGUUACCGGGGCCCAACCUUCUUUUUCAACAUUGCGGAUCUACUCUGGUACUGGGACCCUGGGUACCACCGCCGCGUGCGCAGCGAGUUGCAGCAGCGGGAGAUGAGCUUCCUUGAAUCCGUGUUCUCCUUUGUGUUCGGCGAUGGAGACCCCAACGAUGGCAGGGAGCAGCUCAGAUGGAGACUGAUAGGAGAGGUGAUCAGCAGCAGGGGCGGGGUGGUGGCAGCGCAGGAGAUUGCACCGUACCUUGACCUACCAGAGGACCUGUCAAACGAGGCCUACAUGCUGCCGGUGCUACAGCGAUUCCAAGGCACGCCCUCUGUCGACGACCAGGGCCACAUAUUCUAUGCCUUUCCGCUGCUCCAGCGCACAGCAGAGCAGCACGACACCCGCACUCCCUCCUACUCCAACUCUCGUGCGCCCGCUCCUAUCUUCGUUGAAAACGCCUGGUCCUUCAGUGACGCUCCCCCCACGAAGCGAGUGUUGGCAGUGGGGCUGGGAAUCAUCAAUGUGGUCGGCGUUCUAAUACUCUCCUCCAUGCUCAGGAACCCAGCCGUUAUUCGGAAGGCAGGGCUUCCCCUAGUUGCCACAAUACAGCGCCUCAUGCCUGCACUGCAGGCAUAUUCUGUGGCAUUCUUUGUCAUUCCCUUGUGCCGCUGGGCAUUCCUCAGCUCCACCAACUCAGCUAUUGAGACUCGCAACCAGAGGAGAAGAGAGAGCGCUCACAUUCUCUCCCAUCCCUCACCCCACCUCCGGAAGAAGCUGGCUAGUGCACGGCAGAAGGCAGAACGAACUGUUUUGGGAGAGGAGCGAGUGAUCUACUCUACACAAAAAGAUGUGGCAGAACAGGAGUUGGAGGAGAGAGAGUGGGAUGCUCGGCUGGACAAGAGGCAACAAUAG